AUGGAAGACUUUGACUGGAUCAAGUCAUUCGCGGAAUCCAGCUAUGGUUCAGUCAGCCAUCCCGUUCCGCCACCUGUAGAACCGACAGAAUCAAAGACACUGCCUGCAACAACUCCGCGGGGUUCCUUCGCUUCAUUUGUCUGCCAUGUUACCAGUCUAGAACGCAAGCUGCGCUCGUUCUCGCACAUCGUCCUCGAUGAUUCCUCCGUCGUCAGAAACACGGGCAAGAUUCUAGGUCAAGGAAAGACAUUCAUGGUCAAGCAUGCUCAAUGGAUUCGUGAUGUGAAUGAGCCGCCUCUCGAUGUCGCUGUGAAGGAGAUCAUUCCGGACGCCCGAGCGACGAACCAGAGCCUGAAGUAUGUACCGUUCCCCAAAGCUCGAUACGAUAUGCUGAUUACAUCUCAAAGCUCUUCUACCAACUCCAGCGGCCUCACACAGAACGACUGGAAAGAGAUCUUGUUUGAGAUCCGAGCUCUCCUUCACGAGCCGAUUCGUUACCAUCCAAAUAUUAUUCGACUGCUGGGCAUUCAAUGGGGCCUAUCGCCAAUUUCGGAAUCUACUUACCCAGUGCUGAUAAUGGAGUAUGCAUCGCUUGGUACUUUCGCGACUUUGCAAGCCUCUUCUGAGUCAUUGUCGUUUGCAGCAAAGCAAAAGCUGUGCUACGAUGUUGGGCGAGGACUGUCCGCACUCCACGCUUGCGGGAUUGUGCAUGGAGACAUGAAACACGAGAAUGUACUUAUCGUACCUGCUAAGGAGCCACUGGAUGGUAUAUCAUACACUGCGAAACUCGCGGACUUCGGUGGUGCUGUAAUGGAUAUGACGCCUAACGAAUUUCGCAAAAUGGAGACCUGGACGUGGCCCUUUCAAGCGCCCGAGGUAACGAGUAAUCAGCGACUAUCCAAAGACGGGAUGGUACUCACAGACGUGUACGCUUUUGGUUUAUUGGUUUGGAGAGCAUUUGAGGACGGCCAAGGGUUUGUGUCGCUUCCUGGCGCAGCACAAAAUGCAUCUGAUGAAGACAAGCGCAGCUUGAGCGCACGCAAAGCAUCGCAAAGCUUCACUGCUAGUGCUGUUGUUAGCAUUCGUGAAUAUGCUAGCAUGAGGGGAAUGUCGCAACGCUGCGUAGAUACCAUCACGUAUACCAUCAUCCACACCGUGCGACUGGAACCAGAGGAUCGAGAUCUUGUAAUGGCUCAAGCAGCGUUACGAGGCUUAGAUCUUGGUCAUAUACCAAAAUAUUUGCGUUUCAUCAAGAAGAAGAACGAAGAACAAGCAGCCAGUGAGACUGGGGGACCGCCCGGAGAACACGGCAUCACCAGAGACGGUGCUGCGUUUCUUCUUGGACGAUAUGGCAAUGAUGUAGAUUUACAAGAUAACAUGUACAGGCCUACUACUCUACAAGAUCUGUGCAAUGGACUGACCGCUUACAGUCCUGGCUUCCGACCUCGUCUGAACGAGCCCAAUCCCGAAGAGAUACUGUUUGAGCCAGAGCGAUUGAAGAGGAUCUUAACCUGGGAUCAACAACGGCAAAUGUUGGAUGAAUUAAAAGCCACUGCUAAUGACAGUGCAAAUGUACCUGGGAAUCUUAUCGAGAUGAACAAGACAGUCGCUGCGUUCCACGUGUUCCAAUGUUAUCUCCUCGAAUUUGGCACUAAAUUCAACGCCGACGAAACUAUACAGUGGUUAUCGAAAGCCUCUUCGCAUGACGAUAGUCAUGAUGAUGCAGAUUACUUGGCGCAGGCUUGGAUAUGGCGGAUCUCACGCGCGCUUGAGGUUAAUGUCAACCUCACUCAGGGGAGACUUGAGUCAUUGCUGAGGAUCUCCGUAAUGCGGGGUCACUGGAGCUGUCUCCAGGACGUACUCGAGCUGAUCAACACUAAUACUGGAGCAACCCAACAGCAAUGGUCGAAUAAGUUCCAGCAGUUCCGUAACAUCCUGCUUUCGCAAAUGGGUGCCGUUGGAAUGGGCUACUUCUUCUCGCCGCACAUGACACCACCAUGGAACAGAGUCAACUUGAGGGAUAUCGGUCAACUCGAUGAGACUAUCGCGGCUAUUCUCGGCGACACGUACGACUCUUGCUUAAGAUCUCUCAGAUCUGAGCUCCCAGGGUCGUCAACACAACAGUAUCAGCGCAGAGGAAAAACUGCAUUUGACCGUGUGUAUGUCAACAUACGGGGACAUGGUCCACUGCACUACGCCGCCGCAAGCGGCAAUCUGAAUGCCUUGCGUCAUAUGGUUGUGAAGUACGACUGCGACAUCGAUUUGCCAAAUCAGCAUGUGGACGAGACUCCUCUGGUAUGCGCUUGCUCUGGCGGUAAAAUUGAUUGCGCAUUACUAUUGCUCGACAAAGGGGCUGAUGCAAACGGCUAUCAUCAUGGGCAAGAAGGACCGCUGCAUUGGCUUUCUAGCUUCCUGCCCAAUGAGAUGGAGAUCGUUGCAUCAGCUCUGAUCAAAGCAGGGGCUGACAUCGAAUUACGUUCUGGUGGCAUGCGCGCGGACGUUCGUGGUAUCAGAGCUGAUUGGGAGCAUAUUUUUGAAACCAAAACAACGCCACUUGGAAGAGCGGUCCUCAUGAAUAGCCUUCCAGCAGUCAAGGUGCUUUUAAAGUUAGGAGCUGAUCCUUUAAAGAAAAGUGCCAGCAAACACCCAGGUGAUUGGAAAGGCGAUAAGGCAACAAUGGUCGACAUAUCUUCGCCUUUCGAGUUGGCUGCUGCCUUGACACUUCCGGAGAUCCUCGCGGAGUUCAUUACCCAUAUCGAUGGUCCUACUAGUGCGCCCCGAACGAAGCUUCUAGAUGUUUCUUCCGUGAUUGAUCUAGCACGCGGGAAAAAAGUGACCAAAUUCGAUCCACUGUCAUUGCGAAGCCGUCUCGUGCGCCAUGGACACAAGUACAAAAGCAACCUUACAAUCACCUGGAUGAUACUCCAUGCUCGUUCAAUCCCCUUCCAGGGCGCCAUACCUACCGAAGAGCUCCAAAAAGUACGAAGUAGGACGCUGUGUAACGAGGUCGCUCAUGGAAACCUAGACAUUGUUGAGUGCCUUUUGCAACUUGGAUACAGCGCUAGCGGAACUUCCGAUCAUCGACCCUUGCAGAAGGCUAUCGAUUUGAAUCACGAAGAAAUGUUCAAGCUCCUCAUACGGUACCGGGCGGACACUUCAGUUACGACAACGACACCUGCGGGUAAUAUAUCCCUGCUUCAUAUCUGUGCAUCACGACCACGUCAGUCAAGACCCGGAAGAUACAUCGCCGACGCUCUCAUCAUAGCUGGUGUACCAAUCGAGAGCACGGAUAGACGUGUCAAACCACCCUUUGCGUUGGCGGUCUUGAACCAAAACUUUGAUGUAGCCCAGGCGUUGAUCGAUAACAAUGCUGACGUUGAUGCGGUCUAUCCACUCCAAGUGUAUGGAUUGAAUGGACCAGAGACCAAAUCAGUCAGUGUUCUUGUGGAGAUCUUGUCUCAACAUACGAAUCGUACCCUUGAAUCGCUCAGAUUCCUGUUCGGCAAGCGCGACGGCGGUCCGGCCCAGCGGCCUGCAUUUUACGUCGAUCUUACAAGCAAACUCACUAUCCUACACCUUCUUGCUGGUAGCCCCAACUACACGCAAAUUGGGCAGAUAACACCAAAGAUUCUUAAUCUUUGCCUCGAGAUGUACUCGGAUACUGAGCUCAUAAACUGCAGACAUCCACUCUUGGGUACUGCGCUAUAUCACGCUGCCACGAAUGGAUACAAGGCCAUGGUAGAACGGCUCCUACAAUAUGGCGCAGACGAGACACAUGCUGCAGGCCCUGACGUUGAUGAUUCUGUGCAAGGUUUGUUCAGGUCGAGAGAUACCUGGACACCGCUUUGGGCUGCGAUAUUACGACUUGACGAAGAGCUGAGGAAGGGAGUGCUAUCUCCACCAGCUAGGCCACCCGGUGCCUGGCUCGAUUCAGGUCUCAUACAGAAUCUUGAAAAGGUUAUGGCUCUCCUGUUCGUCAACAGCAGUGACACAUUGGCGAAACAAGCUGUCGACCAACUAAGAAGGAAGAAGGAGGUGCUUCGGGCUGAAUCUCGUUUAUCUCGAAUUGAGAGAGCCAACGCGAACAGAAAAGGGAAGACCAACAAAGAAGAAUACCCUAUCGAUCUUGGGAUGAUUUCUGGGAAAGCUGGAGAGAAAGACGAGAAGACUAUACGAGAGAUUUGUACGGGUCGUGAGGACGAAUGGAAGUCUGAGGAGAUACAGGCAAUCCUUCGGGGCACUGAGCUCUAG